UCACCAUUCAUUGUACAGGUUUGGAUAGUGUACUGCAGCCUUACAUCAACAAUAUAUUGACCAAGAGAGUGAGUGGUGACCGUCUGCUCUUUAUGACCACGUCACAGCAUUUAGAAGAUCUUGGCAUACACAAAGUUGGACACCAAGAAAUCAUGCUUGACGCCAUCAAUUUACUAUGCAAUCUGCAUUAUCGGCAGAGUUUUGAGGAUCUGCAGUCCGUCACUCUGAACCUGAACACCAGGACAAACUGUCUUACAAAGUUUCUUCAGAGUCGUAGCAGGAAUGGUAGCUAUCACACAGGACGUAAUGGAACCAAUGUACCUCAGAGUAUCCCAGCCUCUGUACUGGUGCUCAUUGCUGAGAUCAUAACGGCAGCCAAGACGGUCAUAUCCUGGCUUGACAGACCUCCAUUCGUCACUGGAGAUCACUUCUUCAAAAUGUUCAGGGAGGACAUUUUAAAAUCAGCCUUGGAUCUUACCCAAGUUGGUCAACAGACGGGAUCUCUUCAACAGAUAGAGGAACGACUCCUGGAAAUUAGUAAAGAGCUAGGUGAUUUCAGUGAUAACCUGGUGAAGAAGGCAUCAGAUCCUCUCAUUAUCCAGACGGCUACCAUCGACUUUGUCUCCAUCAAGAAGAAGAGAUCGGACGAAGAGCUGGGACUGGAGAUUAGGACGUCUGCUAUCGAUGGGACACAUCUUAUCACACUAGUCAAACCAAACAGUGCCUCAGGAUCCACAGAUAGAGUUCAUAUUGGAGAUGAGAUACUGCAAGUGAACUACCAGACAGUGGUUGGUUGGCAUCACAGCAAAGUCAUUGAAGCGUUGAAAUGCAACGUUGGCGACAUCACAUUCACCCUCAAGAAACGACCAAGACAUCUUAGCCAGCCGGGUCAGAUCCAGAGACCCAAACAGAACCCCUUCCUGCAUCCAAGCAACCUUGGAAUCAGCUCGUUGCCAUACCGACGACCUUCAGCUGGACGCAAGAGGGUAGUUGUCAAGGACGACAUGUAUCUUCCUCACAGGGAAGCUGAGAAGAGACAACAAGGGGAGGAGGAGGAGGAAGAAGAAGAAAGACCCCCAGACACGCCAUCAGGGAUCCUUGAUUCACCCCUUGACUCGCCCCUGGCUGAUACAAGCUUCCUACCACCUAGAGGAUUCCCCCUCGGUCGACGCCCUACCAUGGUCCCUGGUAUGGCCCAUGCUAGGAGGAAGAACAAGGUCAGGCAGGAUAGACCACGCUCACUACCGUCUGAUCUCGAAGAGCUUAGAAAAGAACUGAGCAAAUCAUCCCUGGGAAAGACGGACGAAACCACCGAGAAGAUCAAGCCAUUACCGGCAGACUUCCGCAUUCCGACCACAAAGAUCAACGGUAGGUUCUCUGAUACGGAGCCCAUGCCAGAAACCAAGAGUCUCUUCCCUCAAAGUGACAAGGAAGAUGAUCAACAGCAACAAGCCAGUGCAGCAGGUGCAGCAUCGGAGGCAACAGAUGCACCCCAGUUGAUCCGGAAGACCACCGCAAAAGGGGUCAGCGUAAAGUUCAAGGAUGAUGUUGUGAGCCCGACGAAGGUCUCGGAUGACCACCAAAGCGACGAGGUCGAUGGUGUUACCGGACAGGAUGGUGGGGUCAAAGGUCAAGGGUCAAAUGACAGUGCAAGCGUUGUAAACACAAAUAACAAUGAGGACACUGAGAUUCCUAGCGAGCUGAAAGACUUGAUUGAAGUGGUAGAUGAUAUGACAGUAUCUGAUGAGUUUGUGGUGGUAGAAAUGCCAAGUCCGGAUCAAACGGAUGGACCUGGAAGAUUAUUGAAACAGACAAAGAGAUCUGAGUCGACAUCUACGGUUGAUUCCACAGAUUCGGUCAGAUUAAGAAAGCACAAGACCAAAGGUCGAUUCAAGAGAGGCGUCUCGUGUGCUGAUCUCGGACCAGGAGAGUGCGAAGGACAACUGUGGAUAAAGAGACAAGAUAGGAUAGGACAAAAAUGGCACUCGAUGUGGUUUGUUCUCAAAGAGUUUGUCCUAUAUUACUACAAAGAUCAAAAGUCUGAUAAGGCGAAGGGUGUGAUCUGUCUGCCUGGGUUUCAAGUCAUUCUAUCACCGGAUAGUAGGAGAUCUUAUGCCUUCAAAUUGAAACAUCCUGGAAAUAUCAAGGAUAUCUUAUUAGCAGCCAAUGAUCAAAAGUGUCUUAAGAAUUGGAUGGAGAAAUUACAGCUAGCCACCAUCAUGCUCCAAGAUGAAACGAAAGUUAGGCAAUCAACUAUCAUCACAGAGACCAUCCUAAAGAGAUUAGAUCUAGGUGGAUACCACAGCAGUGAAAGCACAGACGAAGAAAGCCGCAAAGGAAGCUACGACCUUGCCCAAGAAUCUGGAGAUUCUUCCGAUGCCACGUCAGUAGGUACCAACAGCCAACCAGGAAGCAUCAACUCUAUGAGCCCAGGAGCUGCCGAAGCCAUAGAGUCUCUCAAAGGUGAGCCAUCCCCCAUCAGCAUCAUCAAGUACGACCAAACGACGUACCCUGCGGGGGCAAGGGAGAAGAGCAGGCGUCCCCAGGGGAAAUUGUUUAUUCCCAGCAGCCCUCCAUCGUCGACGGACUCCACCCCGUCGUCGAGCCCUCAGGUGCAGCACAGGGGAUGUGCGCCAAGACUGUUGGGCAAAUCCUCGAAAUCUCCUAGAGGGAUGCAGAAGGAGUAUGAUCUGUCUACUUGGGAGCCGGGGCAGGGAGGAAUACCCGGAUACACAGAGGUUGAUGAAGGCAAAAGAAAAACAAAAGAAGAUAGAAAGGCUAAACAAAGCGAAAAAUCUAGUAAAAAAGAUGAGUACGGGGAGGAGUGGGAGAAGAUCCGUGAUGUUCCAGUCCCAGUCCUCGGUCGAAGUAUUAGCUUUCGAGGAAAGAAGAAAGAGAGACCUACUCUUAGAGUACCCAAACAGGAGAUGAGUGAAAAGGCUAAGAAAGUCUACCAAAAGAGAUUGCUUGAAAGAAAAUUAAAGGCAAAACAAGCAGAGUUGGAGAGUGUAGAGCUUCUCCUGGGCAAAGACCAGGUGGUGUCAUCAACCGUUCUGCACGAAUGGAGAGAACAGCAUGACGAAUUCCUGAAGUCACUAGAUGGGCAGAGCAGAGACCAGUUGAGCAGUGAUUCAGACCCUGAUAGCACUGCUGACAUGCCAAUGUCAUCAUCCAUGUCGUCGAUAAACACCAACUCCACGACGACAUCAGCUCAUGAAAAUCCCGCGAUCCUGGGCGAAGACAUGACGACGGUCAGCGACGGGACGACGUCUGGCUGCGAUGUCCAAACACCCUCUAGUGAUGUUGCACCAACCAUCGGUGACACGGUAGAGGAUACUCUCAAAUCAACCGAUAAUUCUUUGCAUCAGUCACCCACGAGAUUGGAAGCUAAUGCAACGAGAAAGGCAGACUCAGGGACAUUGUGUGAUGAUGGUGAUUCUGCCUUUGCCAAGUCUGAGGAUGUAGGUGUGGUGGCCAGUAGAACCAAGGACAGUGAAAGAUUAGCCACUGGACGAUCGGAGAGCGAAGCAUCUGAGACCAGUCUUUAAUGUUAUCCAAAGUUCCCUAAGACUCUUAUCAUAGAUAUAACCUAUACAUGACUCCAUCCAAGCUCAGAGCUGUAUCAUUGAUGUUGCCUUUGGAAAAUGACAGCCACCGCAUCUCCUAUCAAAUCCUUGCCUGUUGUGUUGAUUGUUGCGAUAUAGCCACUUUCUAGCUACUAUCAUGAUGGGAUAGUAAAAUCCUAUACCAUUGAUAAUGUCACUGACAAUGUCAUAGAUUGUCUCCAAAGUGUAUCAUUCUUUUAGGAAUGCCUGUAUUUUACUUUUUAUUUGGUUUUAAUCUAACUUCAUGAAUGUUACCCUCUGUCUCAUGGAUCGAGGUUUGGCCCAAAGCCUUUACAAAACUUACAGGGACUACAGAAUUCAGUAGUCAAUAUAUAUUAAUGCAUAUCUGUUGCCUGUGCUGGGUGUCAGAGCAUCGUCAAACAAGAGUCAAAUGGAUAAAACGUAUGCCUAGUAGAGAUCUUUUUCAAAGCUUGAAGAUUUCUGGACUGAGCAGGUUCAAAUCAAAGUUAUAGCCAAAAUAUUUGCAUAAGUUGACUCACUUCAGCAAUAUCCUACCAGAUUUUGAAAAGCUUGUGUUGUUCCCCCUCUUCUUAUUCAAACUCCUGCCUAAGUCAAAGAAAUUUCAUAGCAUUUGUUGAAGUAGUUUCUCUAUGUCUUUCACCCAGAAUUUCUUGGUGACUGAUGAAUGAGCUCAUUGCUUUCAAGGAAUUCUUACUUCUACUGCUACACAUGAACACUUAAAUGGAGCAUGGCAAAAGGUAUAUUUUGGUCUUGCCAAGGACCCUUAAUGCAGUGGCUGAACUCCAACCACAAUCCUUGUGAUUUCCAGUUGAUGUGUCCAUCUAAUAUCCAUUCAAUUAAUUUGUAAGAUGUGCGUUUAAAGGUCCAUUUUAAACAUAUUUUCAUUACAAAAAAUAUGGAAUUCAAAUUUCAGGAAGAAUCUCUACAAAAAAGAGCUCUACAAUGGCCACCACACUCUUGUAAAAUUGGCAUAUUAGAUUAACCUCCAGUACAAUUGUCAUUAUGGACUUUUAUGGAAAGAUAAGGAAAAAGGACUUUUAAGGAAAGGUAUGGAAAAAGGAAAGGAAAAUCCAUAUUAAAUCAGAAAUAGAAAUCUACAGAAUUCAUUUUGCCCAAUUGAUCUUGGGCCUGGCAGCAACUGAGCAGUGCCAGAUCAAUGUUGCUCUAUCCUUUAAAUUGUUGAACGACAAACAGUGUGGCAUAAACUCCCAUCUUUUUAACGUCUUUUGAACUCCCGACCUCAAGGUUUGUAUAUGGACUCAUACCAAUGGUGCCAAUAGACUGGUUUUAGACAGGCUUUAGGAGAAUAAAUAUUUGAUAUUCAUGUAUUACAUAUACUUUAAUGUCAUGAAACCUCUAGUAAGUAGCGCAAAAUGUUCUUGGUGCUUAUUAU